AUGAUGGAGGUAUACAUCGAUGACAUGCUCGUAAAGUGCCUCAGGUCUACAGACCACAUUGAACACUUGAGAGCUACCUUCAAGGUCUUGAGGGAAUAUCGAAUGAAGCUGAAUCCACUGAAAUGCGCCUUUGGCAUUGCUUCUGGAAAGUUCUUGGGUUAUAUGAAUGUGAAGAGGCAUUCCAAGGGCGGAAGAGCACUUGGGCCAAGCCCCCUUCCCUCGAAGCCCAAGGAGGGAGAAACAUUGCUACUAUAUCUGGCCGUAAAUGCCGAUGAUAUCCACCGGAGAAACGGGAUAGGGGCUAGUGUACUGCUAGAAAGCCCAAAGGGUUACAAGCUUAAUUGUGCAGUGAGGUUUGGCUUUAAGACCUCCAACAAUGCAGCUGAGUAUGAGGUGUUUUUAGUUGGCCUCAGAUUGGCCAAAGAAAUGCAGAUGAAAAAGUUAGCAGUUCGCAGCGACUCCCAACUGGUUGUAAGCCAAGUCAGUGGUAGUUUUGCAACCAAAGAUAAAAGCAUGGCAAUGUACCUGAAGAAGGUGCGACAAGUUUCAGCGCUUCUCCUCCAUUCAAAGAUAACCAUACCAAGAGUUGACCAUAGUAUCCAGUCCCUGGUCAUUUGCCAAAUGGGGGGUCGACCUAAUACGGCCUAUGCCAAAAGAAAAAGACUCGCAAGCUAUGUGAUUGUCGCCAUUGAUUACUUCACCAAGUGGAUCGAAGCAGAACCGUUGGCUAAAAUAACUGAAGCAAACACUUCUAAAUUCAUAUGGAAGAACAUCCUAUGCCGAUUCGGAAUUUCCCACUCAAUAGUUACAAACAAUGGGCGGCAGUUCGACAACCAGAAGCUCAAAGACCUAUGUGUCGAAUUGGGUAUCAAAAAUAACUUUCUCUUCUCUUCACCACCCCCAGGCAAAUGGCCAGGUCGAGGCAGUCAACAAAACUAUAAAGUACCCCUUGAAGAAGAAACUUGA